UCUCUCGAACUUUCUCCGUGAGGGUUCUUCCUUCACUCAAACCACCUCUGCUACCACCGUGAGGAAGAUAGCCAGCGAGUACCUGUCUGCUAGCACCGCGAGUAUGAUGGCCGACGAGCUCCUCUCUGCUAUCACCUCGAGGAAGACGACUGGUGAGCAUCUCCACCUCAUGAACCCUCUCUGUUGGGGUUUGGGUUGACCGGCGACCUCCUCAUCGUCUCUACCGAUAGUGACAGAGGGGUUUUUUGUGGGUUUUAGAGGCGGUCGGAAAAGGAGCAGCGACGGGUUCUCCGACUGCGACGGAAGAGAGAAAUGGCGAAGGCUUCUCUAGACGCACGGUAAAGCCGGCAACCUUGGUGUUUUGUCGCUCAGGUAGCAGGCGAUUGUUUCAAAGGAACGACAACAAACACUCUGGUCAAGCCAGGGAAAAAAUGCCAGAGGCGUCACAAAAGCCAGACGGAACUUACUGAGAUUCGACAAUCCCUACGCUCUGAUACCACCGGUGGAGGGUUCGGGUCUGCGCACAAACUCGAGGAAGCGGAAGCAGCAACACCGUCUAAAAAGGGUGAAGGAAAGAAGUAGAAGUAGAAAAACAGUAGCAGAGAGUCAGAUAAUUCUGGGUUUGGUUCUAUGAGGCGCCGACUAGGGAGAUCAAUCAAUUAAACCCCUCAGUCAGAGAAUUGCUGGGCAUAUAUAGUGAUUAAACCCUAAGUCAAAGAAUCGCUCGGCAGUGUCGCCUCAUAGGUUUUCGGUAGCCUAGCGGGUUAAGGCAAAGAGAGAUUAGCGAAGGGAAUCAAGCUCGUAACUCAAGCGGGCCUUGGCUUUUGGCCACUAUCCAACACUAUCUUCAUCACCACUCUUUAAAGCCAUCUUUCUGCCAUGGUUGAAGCACCUCAAGGGAAGAACAAAAGAACAAAUACCCAUGAACGAGCACAUCUAGAAUAGAAGAGAAAGAAGAAGAGACAUGUUGAAAACAUGUACGUUAAGCGGUUCUUCAGCUAAUGAGGUCUACAUCCAUAAAGAAAGGCAGCUCAGCGACUUACGAAAAGAUCUUAUUCCUGUUGUUAUCACGAGUACAAGGUUAUUAUAUUGCCAAGUUACAAGAUUCUCUCAAGAAAGUCCGUGAUAGAAGAUAAGGAAGCUAGAAACGACUUCCACAAAUGUAGCAUUCUUCCACAAAUAUGGCAAUCAAAUCUUGGACUUCAAAGCAAGGAUGAGGAUAAAGAUCUGCAUGCGCCAGCUGAGCUGCCAAAUGCCCUAUUAUCUUCAACAACAACACAAGACACCAAUAGUAAGGGAUUCUUCUAGACAGACAAAUUUGGGAAGGUUAAUGGAGACUCAUGGUCGGAAUUUGAUGGGUCAUGCAUACAAAGAUCCGAUCACAAGCUUCAUAGAAUUUCAACAAUUCUCUGUUGAACAUCCACAGGUGUACUGGUCUCUUAUACUGAAAGAGCUCUCAAUUAUUUUCCAUGAAGGCCCAAAGCUUAUCAUUGAUGCUUCAGACAGAAGAAAGAAUGCUGUCACAUGGCUACCAGGGUCGAGAUUGAAUAUAGCUGAAUGUUGCCUUUCACCUAUGGACAGUCUUGGGAAAGUGGAUGAUGGUGUGGCCAUUAUAUGGAGAAAUGAAGGAGAAGAUGGGGAUCCUGUGAAGCAUAUGACUCUAAGUGAACUUAGGAGCCAAGUGAUGAGAGUGGCAAAUGCUUUGGAUGCAAUGUUCUAUAAGGGUGAUGCAAUUGCGAUAGAUAUGCCGAUGACUACAACCUCAGUGGUUGUAUACCUGGCCAUUGUUCUUGCCGGAUAUGUUGUAGUAUCAAUAGCUGAUAGCUUUGCGACAAAAGAAAUUGCAAGCCGGUUGAGAAUAUCUAAUGCCAAGGGUAUUUUUACUCAGGACUUUAUAAUAAGAGGUGGGAAGAAAUAUCCUUUGUACAGACGUGUUAGAGAAGCUGGUAGUUGCAAAGCUAUUGUCAUUCCAGCUGUUGGUAAGGAUGUGGACCUUCAACUGGAAGAAGGCGACAUAUCAUGGUCCAAUUUUAUUCAACAUGCUGAUCAUUUGCCCAGGCCUGAUCAAUAUUCUCCAGUUCAUAUGCCAAUCAAUGCAACAGUUAACAUACUUUUCUCUUCGGGAACUACAGGUGAGCCUAAAGCCAUUCCAUGGACACAGCUGUCUCCUAUUCGAUGUGCUGCAGAUUCAUGGGCACAUAUCGAUACUAAAGUUGGAGAUAUUGCUUGCUGGCCCACAAAUUUGGGCUGGGUAAUGGGGCCAAUCAUGUUGUUUUCAUGUUUCUUGUCUGGGGCAACACUUGCACUUUAUAAUGGAUCUCCACUUGGUCAUGGAUUUGGAAAAUUUGUGCAGGAUGCAGGUGUUACUAUGCUGGGUACAGUCCCAAGUUUAGUGAAAUCUUGGAAAAGUUCUAAGUGCAUGACUGGAUUUGAGUGGAGUAGCAUCAAGGUAUUUGGUUCUACUGGUGAAUCUUCAAACAUUGAUGAUGAUUUGUGGCUUUCUUCGCAAGCAUAUUUCAGACCAAUUAUUGAAUGUUGUGGUGGUACAGAACUUGCAUCUUCUUAUGUACAGGGAAGUGUUUUGCAACCACAGGCAUUAGGGGCAUUUAGCACGCCAUCAAUGUCUACAGGCUUUGUUAUCCUUGAUGAUAAUGGAAAUCCAUAUCCAGAUGAUCAACCUUGUGUUGGUGAAGUGGGUCUGUUUCCUGUCUACAUGGGUGCGAGUGAUAGGCUGAUUAAUGCUGAUCAUGACAAGGUUUACUUUGAUGGCAUGCCAACAUACAAAGGGAUGCGUCUAAGGCGGCAUGGGGAUAUAGUUCAGAGAACAGUUGGAUGCUAUUAUGUUGUCCAGGGGAGAGCUGAUGAUACGAUGAAUCUGGGUGGCAUCAAGGUUAGUGCAGUUGAGAUUGAGCGUGCUUGUAACUCAUCUGAUGACAGUGUGCUUGAAACAGCCGCUGUUAGCAUUAAGCAUUUCAGUGGUGGACCGGAACAUCUUGCUGUAGUGGUUGUACCAAAAGAAGGAUCAGUGCCAGAUCCAGAUCAACUGAAGGCAAUUUUUUCGAGAGCCAUCCAGAAAAAUCUCAACCCUUUAUUCAAGGUUAGCUUUGUUAAGGUCAUCGAGGAAUUCCCUCGAACUGCUUCAAACAAGAUACUGAGGAGAGUUCUGCGUGAUCAAAUGAGACAGGAGCACUAUGCAAGAAGUAAACUGUGAAAUUACCACUAUUUGGUGCUCUUGAAGCAUGUAGCUGCUUUCGAUUGAUAGCUUAAAUAAUGUGAUAUGUUUAAGUUUGAAAAUAUAUUACUUACAAGUUUGGUCGGAAAUCCAAGCUGAUUGAAUCCCAAUUUGUAUUGUUGGUUUUAUUAUCAGUUCCUUAUAAGGAAUAGGCCAAUAGGGUAUUAUUGUACCCUAAUGAUUGCAAGACAUUAUUAUAAUGGGUCGAUGAACCAGCCGUUCAAUGCUGCCA